AAGCGACGAUUAGCGAUACAACCUCUGCAUGUGCUUGAAUUCAGCGCCAAUAAAGAUAUUGCGUGUAAUUAAAAAUAAAACGUAGCACAGUUAUGGUUAUACAAUGAGCUUUCGACUGAGUUUCGUUUUGUUCAGACCAAGAAUAUACGGAUUAUGUGUGAGGCGACGUUUGUCUUUGCCUAAAACAUCGUGUCCUGCUAGAUGUAAACAUGGGGAGGCACUGAAUAAAACUUCAAUUGAGUUUCUGUCUAAUUCAGCUCACUCCAGGCGACUGACGUCUGUUGUAUGCAGGAACUUUACAACUUCAGAGUGUAGGACUGAAGCCAUUGGACAGGUGCAGUCAACACACUAUCACCUGGUGUACACCUGUAAAGUGUGCUCCACCCGAUCAAUGAAGAAAAUAUCCAAGGUGGCCUAUCAUAAGGGUGUUGUCAUAGUAACGUGUCCUGGAUGUAACAACCACCACGUAAUUGCUGAUAAUCUAAACUGGUUUUCGGACCUGGAAGGGAAAAGAAACAUAGAGGAAAUCCUGGCAGCGAAAGGGGAAUCGGUCCGAAGAGUUGCCGGGAAUGAGGCCCUAGAGAUUGUUGCUGAGGAAUCAAUAAAAGAGGCGACAAGAAAUGGUCCAGAUGAAGAGAAACCACCACAUCUGAGGGAUGGUUCUGACAAAACAUGAACUUCUUUGGACAUUUAAAAUGAGCUUUAUUGCCAAGUGUUCUCAUGUACACAAGGAAUUUUUUUAUUCAUUUUUUUUAUAGGAGAAACAAGUGCACACUGAACAUUACAGUAAGACACAGAAUAUAAAACAAGGCAAGAGUAUAAAUAGACAUACAAAUAAUAGGACAUAUAACAGAAUGGCGUAUGUACAUGUGCAAGUGGUAAUGUAUGUGCAAGGUAGGGAUAUGUAUAGUUAUUGAAUUAAAUAUGUGAAUUUACAUAUGUA